UUUAAUGAUACAGUCCAAAUUUGGCUUGUUAGUAAAGCCUACAUUGGAGUUCCACCCUGUGAUUUUGAUCUUGCUCAGAGUGGUUAAUGUGUUCUUGAUACUGGCUCAUGCUUAUGUGGCACUGUUUUUAUUGGUUAUGGCACAGAGUGAGACCUUACUUCAUAUAUUUACAGUCAUAAUUGGAGUCAUUUUCUUGCCAAGCAUUUUGUAUCAGAUAUCCUCAGGACUCAGACAGAGCUACUUAUUUAAUUUGUUUGCUCAUGGAAUCAGUACUGUAGUAAUAGCAAUUGCAAUAAUUCUUGCUGUCGUCUGGAAUGGAUUCCCAGAUUCAGAACUUGGAAACAUUGCAGGAAUCUCCCUUCUAAUUGGGUUUGGACCUGGUGCUAUUGUUUCUUUGAGUUUGUUACUUUUAUUAACUCUGGAUCAACCAAGAAUCAAUCACCCAUUGAUACUAGGCCAAGAUGGAAGACUAUAUCAAGCCAUAAUUCAGGUAUAAUCAUUCUACAAACCAAUUUUU